ACGCGCUCUGCGCCCCCGAAUUCGACUUUCGGACUCGCAGGACAUUCGAUUUGGAGGCAACGAGUCCGCCGAGCAGCCAGCAGCACUCGCAGUCGUUUGUGAGCGUUCGCAGCGCCAGCAAAGUGUUAAACGAACAAGCCAACAAACCAAAUACAAGUUAAACAGAAACAGCAAUCGAAACAAUAUCAGAAUCCGAAUCCAAAUCAGAAGAGUUAGACGAGCCGCAGAAAGCAGCGCUAAAUUCAGAGCCCCUCUGAGAUUCUGAGACUCUCAGGCAGGAGAAACAGGAGACACAGGAGACGGGAGACAGGAGGACAAAGGAGCCAAGGACAAGGAGCUGAAAGCUGAAAGGAGUGCGAACAAUGUGCGCCGCGCUGCGUCGUAAUUUGUUGCUGCGGAGCCUCUGGGUCGUCCUGGCCAUUGGCACCGCUCAGGUUCAGGCCGCUUCUCCACGAUGGGAACCCCAGAUAGCAGUUCUCUGCGAGGCCGGACAAAUCUAUCAGCCGCAAUAUCUAUCCGAGGAGGGACGCUGGGUGACGGACCUCAGCAAGAAGACAACCGGCGCCACAUGUUUGCGUGAUAAAAUGGAUUUGCUUGAUUACUGCAAGAAGGCCUAUCCCAACCGAGACAUUACCAAUAUCGUAGAGUCAUCCCACUACCAGAAGAUCGGCGGCUGGUGCCGUCAGGGUGCUCUGAAUGCGGCCAAGUGCAAGGGCUCCCACCGCUGGAUCAAGCCAUUCCGCUGUCUCGAAGGACCAUUCCAAUCGGACGCCCUGCUGGUUCCCGAGGGCUGCCUCUUCGACCACAUCCACAACGCCUCCCGCUGCUGGCCAUUCGUGAGGUGGAACCAAACUGGAGCAGCCGCUUGCCAGGAGCGUGGUAUGCAGAUGCGCAGCUUCGCCAUGCUCCUACCUUGCGGCAUCUCGGUCUUCUCCGGCGUGGAGUUCGUCUGCUGUCCCAAGCACUUCAAGACCGAUGAAAUCCAUGUGAAAAAGACCGACUUGCCGGUGAUGCCACCAGCCCAGAUUACCAGUGCCAAUGACGAACUGGUGGUGAAUGACGAGGACGACAGCAAUGACUCCAAUUACUCUAAGGAUGCCAAUGACGAUGAGCUGGACGAUGAGGAUGAUCUGAUGGGCGAUGACGAGGAGGACGAGAUGGUGGCGGAUGAGGCAGCUGCCGGAGGCGGAAGUCCCAGCACCGGUUCCUCAGGGGAUGUCAAUAGCGGAUCUUUGGAUGAUAUAAAUGCGGAGUACGAUAGCGGCGAGGAGGGCGACAACUACGAGGAGGAUGGAGCUGGUUCCGAGGGCGAGGCUGAUGGUGAGACCUCCUGGGAUCAGAGUGGAGGAGCUAAGGUGGUGACCCUGAAGAGUGGUGCCUCUUCCGCCCCGUCCAACAUUCCGAUUGUCACUGCUUCCGAAAAGACACCCCUGAAGUCCGACUUGGUCACGAGCACUCCUCAGCUUUCUGCCGCAGCAGCCGCCGCUGCUGCUGCUGCUGCUGCAGCAUCUAUGAAUUCUGGAAACUCGGGAGCUGGAUUGGGAUCAGGAGCUGGAGCUGGAGCCCCACCAUCCACCGCACAGCCCACUUCGGACCCGUACUUCACCCACUUUGAUCCGCACUAUGAGCACCAGAGCUACAAAGUAAGUCAGAAAGAAGCCCAACAGCGCCUUGAGGAAUCGCAUCGCGAGAAGGUCACGCGCGUGAUGAAGGACUGGUCUGAUCUGGAGGAGAAGUACCAGGACAUGCGACUGGCGGACCCCAAGGCAGCCCAAUCCUUUAAGCAGCGGAUGACGGCUCGCUUCCAGACUUCUGUUCAGGCACUCGAGGAAGAAGGCAACGCCGAGAAGCACCAGCUGGCCGCCAUGCACCAGCAGCGCGUUUUGGCCCACAUCAACCAGAGGAAGCGGGAGGCCAUGACCUGCUACACCCAGGCCCUCACUGAACAGCCCCCGAACGCUCACCAUGUUGAGAAGUGCCUGCAGAAAUUACUGCGCGCCUUGCACAAGGACCGUGCCCAUGCUCUGGCCCACUACCGCCACCUGUUGAACUCUGGAGGACCCGGUGGCCUGGAGGCGGCUGCUUCGGAGCGACCACGCACACUUGAGCGCCUGAUCGACAUCGAUCGUGCCGUCAACCAGUCGAUGACCAUGCUCAAGCGCUAUCCCGAGCUAUCGGCCAAGAUUGCCCAGCUAAUGAACGACUAUAUCCUGGCAUUGCGUAGCAAGGAUGACAUUCCCGGCUCUUCGCUGGGCAUGAGCGAGGAGGCGGAAGCCGGCAUUCUGGACAAGUACCGCAUCGAGAUCGAGCGCAAGGUGGCCGAGAAGGAGCGUCUCCGGCUGGCCGAGAAGCAGCGCAAGGAGCAGCGGGCCGCCGAGCGGGAGAAACUGCGCGAGGAGAAGCUGCGCCUGGAGGCUAAGAAGGUGGACGAUAUGCUCAAGUCGCAGGCGGCCGAGCAGCAAUCGCAGCAGUCACCACAGUCGUCGACCCAAUCGCAGGCGCAGCAGCAGCAGCAGGAGAAGAGCCUGAGCAGCAAGGAACUAGGUCUCGAUGGAGGACUGGUCACAGCGGCCAAUCCCAACUUGGACACCACCAAGAGCGAGAAGGAGCUGUCGGAUACUGAGUACGCCGAGGCAACAGUAAGCAGCACCAAGGUGCAGACCGUGCUACCAACGGUCGACGAUGAUGCCGUCCAGCGGGCGGUGGAGGAUGUGGCCGCUGCCGUUGCUCACCAGGAGGCCGAGCCGCAGGUGCAGCACUUCAUGACCCACGACCUGGGCCACCGCGAAUCGAGCUUCUCGCUGCGCCGCGAGUUCGCGCAGCAUGCGCACGCGGCCAAGGAGGGUCGCAACGUCUACUUCACGCUCUCCUUCGCCGGCAUCGCCCUCAUGGCGGCCGUCUUCGUGGGCGUGGCCGUGGCCAAGUGGCGGACAUCGCGCUCGCCGCACGCCCAGGGCUUCAUCGAGGUCGAUCAGAACGUAACCACACACCAUCCCAUCGUGCAGGAGGAGAAGAUCGUGCCCAACAUGCAGAUCAAUGGGUACGAGAAUCCGACCUACAAAUAUUUCGAAGUGAAAGAGUAAGCGGGACGGCAACAGGGGCGCGGCUGGCUAGAGCAGGAGCGAGAACGCGAGCGAGCGAGAGGCACACAUCAACAGAAAAAGCAAGAGCAGAAGCAACAGCAGCAGCAACCACAAUUUCAAAAAAUGGAAAAAACUUAAGCAUAAUAUUAAAAGCAGAUGGGAAGAGAAAUGAUUUUUUUUUCGUCAAAAGGAGCGCAGUUCCAAUAAGGAGAAUCGAGGGGUAGAAGAAGAAAGAUAAAUUCAAUGAAUGGUAAUAUAUCUAUAUAUUAAAUUAAAGCAAGCAAGCAGAAAGGCAAGAAUAUAAAGCAAGCAAUUAAAUUUAAGUAUUUGAAUGUUUAACAAAAUGCAGUAAACAUCCUUUCUAGCUCUCUGUCUCUCUCUGUCUCACUCGACCACUCUGUCCCUUUCCCACACACACACACACUCACACAGAUACACACAUAAUCAGAUUGAAGACACAGACUCACCUACAUUUCCCAUUUUGCGGUUCUUGUUGGGCGCCAAUUAAAAAGAGAGAAUGAAGAGAACUAACAGCCAAAGAGGCAAGCAAAAAUCCGUGCAAAGGCAACUCGGAGUAAAAGAAGAAAGUAGAAAGCGUAAAGGCAAGAAUCGCAGACAUCAAAAAUUAAAAAAAAAAGGAAAGGAGGAGCUGGCGGAGGAGAAGAAAGAAAGGAGAGCAGAAGAAAAGCAAAUGCAAAACAAAAGAUAUUCCUAGUAAAUAAAUUGUCAACACACAUUCACACACCGACUCACUCAUAGAUACAGGAACAGUCACACUCACACUGACAGCAACUCACAGAUUAACACACACACACACACACGCAUUCAUGGCUGCUUCGUAGCAUACUUUUGAGCGUUUCGUGGCGUUGAAAUGCUUGCAAGCCGAUCGCAAUUCUUACCGACAAAACUUACGCCAUUUAUUAGAGCCGCGCUAAGAGCUAAAUGAAGAAAGCAGAAAGGACGCAGAAACACAGAUACACACACACUCACACACUGAGACACAUGUGAACCUAAGAGCUACCUACGCGUACUAAUCUCUAUACGAACGUGCAUAUGCGCUAAUGUAUAUGUCGAACUCUCUCUCUAAACCAUACACUCUCACACUCACACCCACACCCAAAGGACACCAGACAAAAAACGCAAAAAGCAACUGCAAAAACCCAACAAAUUAUAUAUACACAUAUAUAUAUAUAUAUAUACAAUAUAUUUAAAGCAAAGCAAGAAGAAAUGUCCAUAAAUGUAUUUAUGUAUCUAUACACGAGCCACACAACCCAAAGGUCGAAGGUCAGCCGGCUGAGGGAAAGAAUUACGAUGCUUGGCAGGCUAUGAAAUUAAUAUAUGAAUCAGCUACGUAACAGAAACAAUGCAAAACGCUAAGCUAAUUGCAGAUGGAAACCCAAAGAAAGAAAAAAAAAACAAAUAUGACAAACGAAAGCGAAAAACUUUUAGAACUUUUUCUGCAUAUUUUGUGUGUAAGUCGGUGGCAAAAAACCAAACAAAAACCAAAAAACAAAAAUGUUUUUCUCUUUUUUACGUUACAUGUUUCACUCAAAGGCCAGCACAAAACACUCACACACACACACAAACACACCACAGAAGAGCCCUUGAGAAGUCGUUGCAUUUCAUAUCAAAAGAUUCGCAACUGUUUGCAAUUAUGCAAUUAUGCCUUAGGGCCAAAUGACGGCGAAAUCUGAUAAGCGGGUCCCCCAAACGGAGGUGGAACCGCAAAAUCCGGGGAGCUCGGCGACGGACGGAUCCGGAGACGGCACCACCUAGAGUGGACGCUCCAAAGCGCCGGAGAGUCCCAAAGAUAAACCGUUUCGAAACGGCUAGUUUCAUUUCUCGGCUCGAUUGCUUGGCAAAUAUUUGGCCUGCUUUGUUCGAGCAGCGAGAUACUGUUACUCAAUCAAGCCAAAUAAUCGAAAUGCAUUCCCCGCGGCGAAGAACCGACAAGUGGUUGCCCUUCCCAGUUCAAUUUCCAUUCAAUCAAGAGCUAAAUUGUAGCAGAUCUUGAAUUUAAGCAUAUUCAUUGAAUAUCUAUGGAAAAAAUCAAAUUGAAACUAAAAUUGAACUAAAAUUGAAACUAAAAUUGAUCUGAAAUUGAAAUAAAAAUUGAACUGAAAUUGAAAUAAAAAUUGAACUGAAAUUGAAACAGAAUUGAAAAUCAUUUUUUAUUUUAAAAAUAUUUCAAUUGUGUUUUAACGAAAACUGAGAUCUAAACUGUUAUUGGUCUAAAAUAUUCUGAAAAGAAUAGGAAUAUAAAGAGUAAAACUAAAUCGUAAAUUGUAUGUCAUAUUGAAACCGAUAUUCAACUAAAAUUGAAACAAGAGCCAUAGCUUGAAUGUUGAGAUUGAAAAUACAGUUGCACUGAGUAAUUCGAAAAUUAAAUCGGAAAUUGAGAUUCUGAAUGAGAUUUAAAAGGAGAAUGACCCCAUAAUUGAAACUGCAAUUUAAAUUUGGCAACUGGGUUUAAACUGAAACUGAUAUCGAACCUGUAGUUAAAGUUGAUUGGAAAUUACUGCGAUUGAAAGUUACUUUUGAUCUGAUAUUGAAAAAAUACAGUAUAAACAGAACUGAAAACUGGCAUUUACACACUAACACAAAUUAAAAUCAAAAUAAGUGCUGUAAAUUAGACAGAAAUUGAAAUGCAAAUUCAAAAGCCACCUGAGAUUGUUACUAAAAUUGAAGCUGGAUGAAAUUGACAAUGAAAAUGUAAUCCUUAGAGAAACAAACCUUGUAACUGAAGCUGAAAAUGUACAAUGGAGAUAUGGAAAUUUUAGUUAAGACCAUAAUUUAAAUGUGAUUAUGUUUUUAAAUAUCAUUCCCAUAUCGAAAACAAUUUAUACUUUAAAUCCAAGGUCAGUGUCAAUGAGGAUUACAAAUUUAUGUUCAGUUUCUGAGCAGCAAGAAUAGUAACGUUUUCAAUUUUGAAAUUGAUUUAAAUUUUUGUUAUAAUUGAAACGUUUAUUUAGGCAUUAACUUUUGGAAGUGAUUAAAUCCACUUUUCAGCUCAGUUUAAAUUUCUAUUUUGACUUCAACUACAGUUUUGCGAUCAGUUUCAAUUCAAAUUUUACUUUUUUUAGCAGAUUUUCAAGUUUAGUUCUUGUUUCACACAUACUCAAAGUUGAAUAACAGUCUCAAAAUAUAUGCAAUUAUAGAAUUGGUCAGAACUUUUGGCUAUACGGAAAGAAUAUCUUCAAGCAUUUUUGACUCGUUUAAAAAUCAUGGCAAUCUUCGUUCUUCAAGGCAAACUCAUGGCUCUCCCUCACACAGACACACACAGACAAAGACAGACACAUUAUAUAAUGCUAAAUGUAUUACAACAAUAUAUAUACAUCAAUAUAUAUAUAUAUAUAUACAAACACAUAUAUAUUUCAACAGAAACAAACAAAAAGGCAAAUCAACUACACAAAAAGUAAAUAAGAAGAAAAUCUAACUAGUCAAAGCUUGAAUAUUUUUUAAUUUAUUCAUUAAUACAACAAGAACAACAACAAAAAAUGAAAAAGUAUACA